CGCGCACCAGCGGUCGUUGGUCGUUUUGAGCGCAGCUGAUGAAGACGCAGAAGCACCAUAGAGGCGCGAGAGGACCACUACCGGUCUUCACUUACUCCUCCCGCUGCAGUUCUCCUCAUCCCCGAUCAGUUAGAGGAGUGGAGGCAAGGAAGUCAAAGUCCAACUGUUUCUUUUUUAAAGUCAAGUUGAGGAGAAGUAAAGAGGUGGGAGGAGAGGAGGCGGCAGACGGACAGACAGCAGUAUUUAUGGCGCACUGGAGUUUAUGUAUUAUUAAUUGGAGGCCGAAAACAGGGACUGAACAUUCAGAAGGACUGUUUUACCACAGAGGAGCAGAGUGGAGCAGAGCAUAGAAUCCUUGCAGUGAUUCACCUGACCAGUCACUGACAACAGACACCAGACUUGUUCUUCAUCCUAAGUGUGUGUAUAAGAGUAUUUUUGGGGAGUACCCUCCCCUCUCCCCGCCACCUCCUACUCCUGCUGCAGUAACGCUACUUGUUUGCCGUGUGGGUACAGGGAAUGCCACCUUCUUCCUCCUGACGGGCAUCCGCACCCCCUCCUCCUCCCGGACGCACCGACCCCUGCGAGUCCUACUACUAUGCAAUGUUUUUUAAUGCAAAAGCCUACAGUUGUUGCCGUGUGCCGCCGACUUCACUCAAGCACCGCUGCAUGCCUGGCAGCCACUGCCGCUCCUCUCCCUGCGCCGCGCGGCAGACGACGCCAUUUGAAGAGGAACACUCGCGGGGUGUUCACGCCGCGGCGGCCGGACGGCAGCGUCAACAGCAGCGACCGCUCUUCUGCAGCUGAGGUCCACCGGCUGGGGCAGCCGGAGGCUGAGACAGCGGAGAAAAGCACCGCAGCGGAUCCUCUUCCCCUGCCGCACGGAGACGACGUCGAGGCGGAAUACGUGCAGCUGCUGCUCUCUGGACUUUUGGAGGCUCCGGGUGAGAAACCGGGCGACGGACCGGGCUUCCCGCAUUUGUUCUUGUCUAUGGUGCAAAUUGGGGCGGCGAAGAAUCGCCGAACUCAUACCAACAGCUGGCAACUGCUGGCAUGCAAACAGGGGGGCGGAUCAUCCCCUAUGCGGUGGGUGAAAUUUAGGCUGCCGCAUCCGGAGCUCCCCUCGUCCACUGCCACCUCUUCCUCCUCCGUCUCGGCCAAAUCCAUGCGGUUUAUUUGGAGCAGAAUUUUCGGCAAAGGAUCGCAUAUGCUGCAGUGUCUUUGUGGCAGGAGCCUGAAGAAAAAUAAGAACCUAACUGGAGAAGCAGGGUUUAAUCAAGUCUUGAAGAUCUUCAUGCCUCACAACACCCAGAAACUCUCUUCCGACUCCUCCAGCUGUGCCAGAUCAGAUUCUGCCACCACUGUUUCAUUUUUUAUUUUGUAUAUUGUGCAGGGCUUUUUCAGAUUUAUCACCUUGUUUUUUUUAAUUUGUACCCUUGAAUAUGAUGACAAAAUAUUUUCCUCUGUGAAUAAUAAAAUAAUUUUCUUCACCUUACCCUGCACUCCUGUGUACACCGUAGUUCAACAGUAUAGUCGUGUAGGAGGCUGAAUAGUUGUCACAUUUCUUAGUAUACUACACAAGUGAGUUUUAAAACAUAUGUCAUGUCUGAGCAACACUAAGGGCUAGAAAAUAAACCACAACCAACAUGACUUUGAAUUUUUUAUUAAAAAAAAAGAACAACGUCAAACUUAUUAUAGCUCAUUCUAUUAGGAUAGAAUCGGUGAAGUAUUCCUUUAUGAGCCUCAUUUUAUUAAGUGUUUAAUUAUUUGCUUAUUACUGUUGUGUGUCUUAUUCAGGAUAUGCAGAUUUAUUUUAUGGUUGAAUUUCUUUCAACAUCACCUCAUAUUUAUCUCAUGUUCAUACACAUGGUGCUCGAGAGCCCCAACAAGAUGGCAGCAUAGUGUGAAAGCUCCUCAAACUACAUGAAACAUACUAUGGCGAGUGCGAUAUCUUCACAAAAGCUGGCCAGUCAAGCUCACAAAGUGUGACGAUAACAACAUGACUAUUGUAGCCGAAGUGCCAACGGAUGAUAAAAGUGCUCCACUCCAGUUUGGGUCAAAGCUGGACGGAAUAAAUAACCAAUUGCGCAAACUAACAAACUCUUGUUGCUAGAGAAUAACUUGUGUGAAAUCAAAUGAGAAGUAGCGGCCAAUAAAAAACGCAUUGGGAGGCUGAAGCCCGUAUAGCUGCUACGGAGGAAGCGCUGGGCAGGAUGGAGAUGACGCUGGCUGUAGCUGCAAAGCGGCUCACCCCCUAGAGGAAAAGAAAGGAUUUGGACAUUUCGUGAGGAGCAAGAAUAUUCAGCUGUUUGUUCUCAAGAAGGAAAGCUAAGGGUAACUGUCCUGUUUUGGACUUUGUAAACCUUCUGACAAAAUGAACAUGGGGACCUUCCAAGGAUUUCAACUCCAACCAUGAAGGCUGAGGGUGUUACACAGAGAGAAAUGUUCAUCCCCACCAGAAGCUCAGGAAUUCUACCACAAUAUCACGGACAAAUAACCCAUACAUGGUCAGGUCUGAACUGUUUUUCAUACAGAGAGUGUGGGGUGAGUGAACCAGCCUCUGUGCACAUACAGUCUUACCAUUCCUAACUUCUCUGGGUUUAGCUACCACUUACACUAAGUUGCUCUCCAGCAGGGGGAAAUGUGAACAAUAAUUGGUACAUGUUGUGGCAAAAGUUGUCGUAUGGUGUCUGAUGAGGAGAAAUAAAGUUAGAGAAUCAAACUUGAUUGUUGAGGUGUGGUUUAUUCUUUGCAAAGAGUGCGUCAAGAUGAACAACAGCUCUGUGGCACAUGAGAAAGUAUAAAGUAUAGCUUUAUAGUUGGUGCUUGUGUCCAAAGCUUAUCUGUGCAGCUGGGAAAGAUGACCUUGGUUACAGGGAAAAGGCAGGGACGGUAAUCAUGUGUGAGCAUUGCUUAGACUACAAGUGUUUGAAGAUAAUUGGGCACAUACUAGGUACAAGUAGUGUGCAAGUGUGUGUGUGUUAAACCAAGCAAUAUAUGAGAGCAAGUGUUAUUAUCCAGGACAGUACAUAAUGGUUACCAAUGCUUGUAACCAUUUCAGUGUGACCUUUUUGUGCUGCUGUUUUUAUUAAACAACACUUAACACACAACACUUUUUGUAUUCGACUGUCACUUUGUUUUGGAUUUGUAUUUAUUUAUUCUUUAAUGGUAUUUUGUUGGAAUGUGAACAGCUGAUGCCUACAACUGUUUUAUAGUGGACCGAUUAAACCAGGAACAGCCCUACUUUGCUAUCUCAAAAUCUAUUUUUCUUUCUUGUCCUGACUUUUUACUCAGCUAGACAUCAAUCAUCCUCCCAAUUAGACUUUUUUUUGGAGAUAUAAUUCUUCACUUCUCACAGAUAUUGAAACCUGUAAAAAUAUCAGACAAUGGCUGGAACAGUAUAGACAGGACAAUGCAGCCUCCCCUGUUACUCCAGCAAUGAUGUGGCAUUGAUAGGGUUGAGUGGUCAUAAUCUGUUUGCUGUUUUGGAGAAAUUUAACCUGAGAAAAAUUUAUCAGAUGGAUCAGAGUAUAGCGACCAAAAAGCUCAUUAUGUAUAAAUGGCACCCGUAUUGAAAAUGUUGUUCUGUCCAGAGGUUGUCAUCAAGAAUGACUACUAUGUCUGUUUUUAUGUAACCUGGCGAUUGAACCACUUGCAGAAGCCAUACAGGCUAAUGAAGAGAUUACCGGUAUUGAUACUGGGAAAAUAAAAAACAAUAUUUCAUUGUAUGCUGUUGAUAUAAUCAUAUAAUUAACCAGCCCUGAGAGAUCAAUUCCAGUAGCGUUAGACCUCAUCACCCAAUUUGGAACAAUAUUGGCUUACAAAAUUAAUCUGACAACAUCUAUUGCCUUACAAAUGAACUCACAGUCCCUAUUAAACUCAAGACCAUGUCACCCUUCAUCUGGACUCAAAAUACUUGACGAGGUGAAUGCGUCUACAAGACCAGAUCUGUAUCACAUAAAUUAUGUCCCAUUACCCAUCUCAUUUAUCAGACAGAUUAUGCCAUUAAAAUGAACACACUGCCAUGUUUUAGUUUAGGGGUGUCCACAUUUUUUCAGCUCAGGAGCUACUUUAAAAAUGACAGAGUCAAAAUGAUCUACAUAUAUGUGUAUAUUUACACACACACACACCUAUAUAUGAUAUAUAAUCAUUUCCAACAUUUGUUUACAUGCAAACACACCCAAAUCCUUUGCAGAGAUCAGAAUUUGAAAUUCCAAAACAUGACUUUUACAAAUAUCUAAUUCACCAUCUAAUUAAUACCUUUGAAAGGGAAGACUGAUGACUGACUAUGGGGCUGACAAAUCUAGAGGAGAUUUUGGUGAAAUCCACAUAAAACUAAAAGGAUGGAUCUCUGUAAUUUAUAGUGUUCUGUUAGACCAUUACAACUCCUCCCUGACCUCACUUAAGAAUAUAUGGCAGAGGGAUUUGGGUUGUGUUUUAAUGAGGUGGGAUACUAUAUGUAUAAACCCCAUUGCAUUUAAGUAAGAUGUUUUGUUAUUUAUC